AUGGGAGCUGCUCUCUGCUUUAAAAAGCGGAAAGAGAAGCUAGAAACCACGGUGGAAUCCCUGUUUGAGAUAUCUGCAGAAGAUAUUGAUGGGCAGGAACACCUUCUAGCGGAUCUCGCUAAAGACAAGAAGUGUAUAAUGGUAGUUAAUGUCGCCUCGAAAUGAGGAUUGACCAAGACUCACUAUACACAGAUGGUCAAGAUUCACAACAAAUAUAAAGACAAGGGAUUUGAAAUCUUUGCUUUUCCUUGCAACCAGUUCUUGAGCCAAGAACCUGGAUCAAAUGAGGACAUCAAGAAGUUUGCUAGAGAGAAAUAUGGAGCUGAAUUCCAGUUAUUUUCUAAGAUCGAUGUAAAUGGGCCUAACACCCAUGAAGUGUUCAGAUUUUGCAGGAGACACUCUCCUCUCUAUGAUGAUGAGACAGACACUAUCCAAAACAUCCCAUGGAACUUUGCUAAGUUCUUAAUUGAUGAGGAGGGGAAUGUUGUAAAUUAUUACUCUCCUAAAUCAAAUCCUGAUGUUUGUGUUCCAAUGAUAGAGGAAAUGCUUGGAUUGUAA